AAAACCUACAAGCAAUGCCUGGUAUGAACGCUAGGUGGCACCGAUACUAUUCUGUCGUCCUCCAGCAGUAGAAGAGCUCAUCCUGCAGGGGAACACGCAACAAGACUGCUGAAACGCAAAGCCAGGAAGAGUUCACUUGCUAAACAUCAACUUCCAGUUCAUUCACAUGCAGCUGGAUAGAAAGGAGAGCUAUUACUGCAGAUGGAGCUGCUAUAGGCCCGAUGGAGCUCUAAAGUAACCUUUGAGUGAAAGCAGAUUAUACAGGAAAAAAAUCCUUUUGAUAUAUAUGAGCAUGGAUGAUGGCAAAAAUAAGAUCACUGAAAGAAUAAUAAAGCUAACUCUGAAAAUUCUCCAUCUGCUAUUUGAAGAGGAUUAUAUCAUUAUGAAGAAAUCUGGUGAUCAAUUAAAAGUUAGCAGCCAUUCCCAUGUGUUACAAGGAUGCAACAAAAGCCUCAACAUGGAGUCCCCGUCUUACUUCAGUACAUCUGAGAAAAACAACUACAACAAGAUUCAAGAAGUCACCAACAAGAUCACGGAGCUGCUGACAGGAGAGGUUCCUAUAAGGUGUCAGGAUGUCACUGUUUACUUCGCCUUGGAGGAGUGGGAGUAUUUAAGUAGACACAACCAUCUGUAUCGCCAUAUGAUGGAGAAUCAACAGCCCUUCUCAUCACCAGAUCCUAGAAGUCCAGGCAGCACAUGCCAGUCCCCUAUGUCAUCACAAUAUGGUAUGGAUGAAGAUUACGAUCUUGUUAUAACUGCUACAAACUACACCAUAGUAGAUAACCAAAAUGUAGACCUUGCCAAAAUGACAACUCUGUAUGAAGGAGGAUAUUUCACACACUUUGAAAAGCAGACGGACACAAAUUCUAUGCAUGGUACAUCUAGAAAUAUUGAGAACUCCGCCUUGGGGAUGGGUAAGUUGUAUACCCCCCUUGUGGACCACACGUAUGCCCUUACUAAUGCAAAGGCAAGGGCACUAUUGCAAAAACUAGGUUAUCUGCCUUCCCUUAAAUCGAAUAGUUCUGUAGGUGGUACGGAAGGUUCAGCAGGAGAUAAUAACGAAGUACCUCUUUUGCGUGAAGAAGAACACCAUACACAGUCUGAUAUUUCCUCCCACGUAGACUCUAUGGAGUAUACAACAGUUCGCAUUAAAGACGAUCCCUACAUAUGCAAAGAAGAAGAUAAUCUUCCAUACGCUGGCUCUUCCACUUCUGAAGAGUGUUACCUGCACACCUCUACCCCUAUUAAACAGGAAACCAAUCCAUGUCAAGAGUUUCCAUCAUAUCCUAGCACAUACACAACUAUAGUACCCGUACAAUAUAACUCUGUCCACAUCAAGGAAGAACCCAUGUCAGGCGAGGAAGAGGUCCCUGCUGAAAUUGAACUUUAUGUCGACGGGACACACUGCCCAUCCGACGUCUCAAAGAAACCUAAGAAGUCGAAACAGAUCCAUUCGAAAGAUCGGCCACUCUCGUGUAACGAGUGCGGGAAGCAUUUUAAGCAAAAAUCGGGUCUUGGUAGGCACAGGAAAAUUCAUGCCGCAGCCGAGCGCUACACAUGCCGUGACUGCGGCAAAUGUUUCCUCAGCCUGAUGAAACUUGAGGAGCAUCAGAAGAUUCACACUAAGGACAAACCGUACUCUUGUGACGAAUGUGGAAAACAUUUUAGCAAAGCAUCAAACCUCUCCAAUCACCAGAAAAUCCACGCGACCAAGAAUCCCUUCUCCUGCACGAAAUGCGGCAAGCAGUUUGCCAGCAACUCCAAUCUUCGACGGCAUCAGAAGAAGCAUGAAGGCGACAUGGAAACCACAGAGUUUGCUCAUUCGGAGGGAGGGGAGGGGUUCGCCAACAAGUGUGAACAGCACCCUGCCAUUGAAAAGCCAUAUCAGUGCUCCGAAUGUGGAAGGUGCUUCAUCAAGAGAAUCAAUCUGGUUAAGCACCAGAGACUUCAUACCAGGAAGAAUCUCCACUAUUGCCAAGAAUGUGGGAGGUACUUCAUGAGUAGAGCCUAUCUUUUAAGACACAUGGAGGGCCACAGCAAGAGGAGGAGGCCAUGUUCAUGCUCACUGUGUGGUAAGUAUUUUCACAAUAAAUUAGGCUUGACCAUACACCAGCGGAUUCACAAAAGCGAAAGGCCAAGUACCACCUCAGAAUGGCGCAAAAGCUUCAUUCGUAAAUUAGGCUUCGUGAUACAGGAACGCAGUAAUGUGGGCGAGAAGCCAUGUACGUGUUCAGAGUGCGGGGAGAGGUUCGAAAAGAAGCUGCAACUACUUCGACACCAAAAAACGCACAAGGAGGAAAAACCUUUCGUUGGCCGUAUGGCUGAAGGAGCUGAACAUACCGACGAAGCAGAUGUUGAUGUAAAGCCAAAUAUCUUGAAUUUGUGAAAUAACAGAAGCUGGAAGGCCGCGUACACACGAUCGGUCAAAACCGAUGAAAACGGACUGAAGGUCUGUUUUCAUCGGUCCAAACCGAUCG